UCUGGCUUGCGGACUGGCGAAGCUGCGUGCUGCGACAUGCCGGAAACUUUCGGUGGUUUCGUCCGAGAUAGCGAACGCGGAGAGUUGGGGCGCGGCGCUUUCGCCGUCGUGUACGCUUGCGAGCGCAAGAGCGAUAGUGCCAAGUUUGCGGCCAAGGCGCUGGACCUGCGCCAAUUGCGCCUCUUCGUCGACCCGGCCCGGGAGGUGAAGAAGCUCCGGCGCGAGGCGACUGUGCUCCAGCAGCUCCCGCCGCACCCGAACCUCGUGAAGUUCGUAGAUGUCAUCCAGGAGGGCCACUGGCUAAUAUUCUUGCUCGAGCUCGUCGAGGGCGGCAACCUGUACAAGGCGCUCGUCAGCCGGCCUACCGGGCGCGACGGAAGGUCGAAGCUCCGCGAGCCCGAGGCGUGCCACGUCUUCCGGCAGCUGGUGGACGGCCUCAACGUGCUGCACAGCCUCAAUGUGGUGCACAGGGACCUCAAGCUCGAGAACGUGCUCGUGGUCCAGAAGCGGGCCGUAGGGCGCGACCUCCUGCUCGACGUCAAGAUUGCGGACUUCGGGCUGUCCAAGUCCGUCGGCGAGGGCGUGAGCGAGGCGCGCUCCACGGUGGGCUCCCCCCGCUACAUGGCGCCCGAGGUGAUAGCCAAGGGCCCCCACGACCGCCCGGCCGACCUCUGGAGCCUGGGCAUCCUGGCGCACGUGAUGCUCGACGGCCGCUUCCCGUGCACGGGCGCGUCGGCCAAGGCGCCCCAGAAGGCCGUGGACGCGGCGAUCGGCCGGCUGCCCGUGAGCCCCGCGGCGCGGGACGCCGUGCUCCGCCUCCUGCGCCGGGAGCCGGCCGAGCGCCUGACGGCGCCGCAGCUGUGCAGCCACCCGUGGCUGAGCGGCGGCGGGCGCGCGAGCGCGGCCGCGGCCGAGGGCGAGGGCGCCGCCGCCGCCCCCUUCGCGGCCGUCGCCGUGGCCUCGCGGGAGGGCCGCCCGAGGCCCCGCGGCCCGGGCGGCGGCGCCGACGGCGGCGCCAAGCGGCUGCGGGCGGCGUCGGCGGGCCCG